AUGCUAGUAGAUUCAGAAUUAAUUAAUAAGAAUAUUGCACUAAAAUUGAUGAGAUGGAUAGAUGAGCCUAUAGAUGAUAAGAUUCCAAUUGGAUUUGGAUAUUAUUUUAAAUUUCUUUUUCGAAGUAAUAAUUCAGAUGGUCCUUCAUUUGAAAAAUUUCAUAAAAAAUGCGAUAAUAAAGGGGCAACAAUUGUUGUAGCAAAAAUUUCCAAUUCAAAUAAACUGGUUGGUGGUUAUAAUCCACUUGAUUGGAAGGGAGAUAAUGAAUGGAAACAAACGACUGAUAGCUUCUUAUUUAGAUUUGAAUUGGAUAGUUGCCGCAUGAAAGCAAAGGUAUCACGCAUCAGUAAUCAUGCUAGUGGUUUUGCAAUUUGUUGUAACAGUGAUGAACCAAGUUUCGGUGAAGGCCCCGAUUUACAUUUUUCAGAUAGCAUCAAUAUUUUGAAAUCCAAAACAAAAUUUUACUCUAAAAUACUAAGUGUAAGUUCAUUAAAAUUCUCAUAUUAUGAAGUAUUUCAAGUAGUUAGAAGCUUUACAGAAUCUUUUACCCAAGGUUGA